AUGCUCGACGGCCCCUUUAGCGAAGGUAUCCGCAGCAACGAUAAUUUCUUUGAGGUCAAGGCUUUUGAAUGGAAUGCAGAGGCGCUGGUAAUUCUUCUGGAUAUCAUCCACGGGCAUCAUCGAUGUCUUCCAAAGGACGUCGAGCUUGAUAUUCUCAUUGAGCUUGCGAUGCUAUGCGAUUAUUAUCGGUGCGAAGAGAUCGUGGAAGUCUUUGCAGAGCGGUGGAUAGCGGCAUUUGGGGAAGAUAAGCCGCCGUAUGAAGAUGAAGCCACUAUGAACUGGAUCUUUAUCGCUUGGGUUUUUCAGAAAGGAAAGCUGUUCACCAGCAUGGUAGCUGCGACGCUGCAGCAUAGGAAGAUCCCUAUGUACACAGACCUGCCAUUGCCAAGUACUAUCGUUGAAAAGGUGGAAGCUCAGCGUGUGAAGUUUAUUAAUGAAGUCCUAAAUAAUCUCUAUGGUCUCCAGGAGUCACUCUUGGUCACCAACGAUGACUGCAAGCGGGAAUGUGCAUUAAUGCUUCUGGGCUCACUUAUGAAGCAGAUGCGUGAAGCCGGACUUGAAAUCCUGGAGCCCAACGACUUGUCAUCAACAGUCCGCAGCGUCGUGGAACUGAGAAGAUUUGUAUCGGGGCUCGAAACCCCUGUCUGGCAUCUUGCUGGGGUUCUAAGGGCGUUCAUGACUAAAGAGGACCUUGGGAAGAUGAAAUAG